UUCCAAUAUAUUUCAGUCCUUUGAAAUGCUAGAGCUCGGCAGACAGCUUUACCUGCGAUAUAUACAAUGCUAGUAAGAAUUUUAGCUGUGCUUUUGCUGGCCAUUUUGGCAAAAGCAGAUUUUGAAAAGAAUCCCUCAAGUAAAUAUAAGAAUUUUGUAAAACCUUGCUUUGAGGGAGACGAGGAGCAUAGAGAAUUUUGCUCUAAAGAGGGUAGCAAUUGUAAGGAUUUCGUCUCGCAAGAGAAAAAAGAAGAAAAAGAAAGCCACGAGAGCGGCUUCAAACUCCCCAGACUUGAUGGAGUUAGGACGGGCCAUGAGAGGGAGUUAGAUCUUGGAGAUGGCAAGAAAUACACACUUAAAACAAUGGCAAUGAAACCGCUAAUAUUUGCUAUCCCGAACUUUCUCACUGACGAACAAAGUGCGCACAUCAUCAAACUUGCUAAGGACAGCGGACUAAAGACGAGCAUUGCUGGGUUUAAUCUAUCUAUGUACGAGGGAGAUCUCGAGAAGGAGAUAGAGACAGUUGACAAGAGCCAAGGCAUUCCCGAGGACCAGGUCUUUGCUACGGACUUCAACGCCUGGGAUUUGAAUAAUGAUGACGUCAUUGAUACUAGCGAGCUCAAGAGAUUUAUUGCCAAGUUCCACUUGCUCUUCAUGGCGGAUGACGAGAUCGACAAAAUGUUUGAUCAAUUAGGCUUCUACGGUUACGAAAACGGCCAGAUAGCGCGCCCGUUCUUCAGCUUCCUGAAUAUCCCCAAGCUAUGGGCGUACUUGAGAUUCAUGAAGCUAAAACAUCCCCGCCACCGCGCGCGAUUCAGCAAGCAGGCCUGGUUACCACAGAACAAGGCUUCGGACCCAGUCCUACGCAAACUGCACGAGAAAGUGAUCAAUCUGACCAAACUUCCAAGAAAAAUCGUACAAGGAGGCGAGGCCUUACAAGUUGUGAACUACCAACCACUCGGCCAUUACCAUAUCCAUUACGACUCAAUGCCGGUUGAUAGCGAUACAGAACAUAAGCCCUGCUGCCACCAUAAAGUGGAGAAACCAGACGGCUGCCGUCUGUGUCGUUACAUCACUAUCUUGUACUACCUGAACCACGUGGAGCAAGGCGGAGAAACCGCUUUCAUCGUGGCCGACAACGCUACGUAUGACCAUAAGGUUUUAACCAACCCAGACUCAGACCAACCGACGGACGACUUCAACCUCAGUGUAAACUGCCACCGCGCAAACCUCGUGGUUCCACCCAAGAAAAACAUGGCGAUAAUGUGGUACAAUCACCACGUGGACGAAGACUCCGGCAUGCUAGGACUACUGGACGCGUACUCACUCCAUGGCGGAUGUGACGUCAUCAAGGGAGAGAAAUGGAUCGCCAAUAACUGGUUGACAGCGCCUCCGACCGGAAGAGAGCAUUUGCAGAGUGUGUAUGAUGUUGGGUUUGAUUGACGUGUGUCAGUCACCGCGCCGAUGAAGAGAAAUACCGGGAAGCCUUGCGGCUCUAAAAAUGUGUUCUAGAUAGAUUUUUUUUAAAUUAGAUUAAAGUUUAAUUAAAUUUGAAGCACUUGUUCUGAUGGACGGCAGAAACCGCUGUAAUAUGUAAUGGCUGUGCCAAGAAUAGUAUAUAUUUAUGCUAAAACAAAAAAGAGAUACCACAUAACAUACAUUACUGCUGAAAUUUAACUAAUUUAACAAUAAAAUUGAAAAACUCCUA